CAUUUUCUAUCUAUAUACGCACACCCAGGUCUCAUCCUUGCUCUUGGAGCUGGAAUUGGAGCUGCGCUUCUCUUUCUAGUCCUAGGAACCGCAUUUCUAGUCCAUAAACUCAAGGAUCGAAGGAAGAAGAGCCUAAGAGAAAGAUUCUUUAAGCAAAAUCGCGGACAGCUACUACAACAAUUGGUAUGCCACAGGACAGAUAUAGCUGAAAGAAUGAUUGUUACUUUGGAAGAGUUAGAGAAAGCCACUAACAACUUCGAUAAAUCUCGUGAGCUUGGUGGUGGAGGACAUGGUAUAGUAUACAAGGGAAUUUUGUCAAGUCUGCAUGUUGUGGCCAUUAAAAAGUCCAAGAUUGUGAUACAAAGAGAAAUCAAUGAUUUCAUAAACGAAGUUGCUAUCCUUUCUCAGAUGAACCAUAGAAACAUUGUGAAACUUCUUGGAUGUUGCCUAGAAACAGAAGUUCCUUUGCUUGUUUACGAGUUUAUUUCCAAUGGCACCCUCCACAAUCAUCUUCAUGUUGAGGCUCCAUUAUCAUUAUCUUGGAAGGAUAGAUUGAGAAUCGCAGUUGAAACUGCUAGGGCUCUCGCAUAUCUCCACUCGUUCGCUUCAAUGCCAGUAAUCCAUAGAGAUAUCAAGUCUCCUAACAUUCUUCUCGAUGAUAAUUUGACGGUGAAGUUGUCGGAUUUUGGUGCUUCAAGAUAUGUUCCAAUUGAUCAAACAGGUGUGGAUACAGCCGUGCAAGGAACAUAUGGGUACUUGGACCCUAUGUACUAUAGCACAAGGCACCUCACUGAGAAAAGCGAUGUCUACAGUUUUGGUGUUGUUCUUAUAGAGCUGCUUGCUAGAAAGAAACCAGUUUCUUACAGAUCCCCAGAGGGUUACGACCUUGUAAAUCAUUUUGGAACUCUGUUGUCGGAGAGAAACUUAGAUGACAUUCUAGAUCCACAAGUAUCCAAGGAGGGAGGUGGAGAAGUUAUUGACAUUGCUCUUUUGGCAGCAGUAUGUGUGAAGUUUGUAAGUGCAGAGCGGCCAACGAUGAGACAUGUGGAGAUGGCGCUUGAAGGUAUCUAUGAGGCAAAAGUGUACAUCUCGAGUGACAUGUCCGAUGAUGAAUCUGAAGAGAACUACCAAUUGCAUGAUGUAUCUGUUGGUGGGACAAACUUGGAUACUAUGAGUCAGUUGCGACGAUGCACAGGUGGCAAACAGGUUGGUAACAUAAUGGCAACAAAAUCACCAGGCCACGCAGGGGCUGCCCCUCCCUAUUCUGCUCCAUCACCAAACAACUUGCACUCGCAUCGGCUCACCGAUGCUAGAGAUGCUAGAGUGCUCAUAUCUCACCAGGGAGGCCGUAGGGAGGUUCUAAUGCAUGAGCAGGUGAUGUGGUCUUCGUGGUGAACCUCACACGUCCCGGAUGCCCAAUCAUGCUGCCCAAGCCGCCAGAGGCAGACUUCGGAUCCAUGGACUACCGAUCUCGAGCGAGCAUCGUCGUUCAUCAAAUCAAAUCUCUUAUUAUUACCUGUAAGUAAUUUCUUCUGUUAUUACACAACUGAUGAAACAAAAAGAUUGUGGCUGCAUAUGAAUAAGGAGUAAUGCGGUUCCGGUAAAAAAUGCAUAGGAACAAAAUUGAAAGUCAACAAUGCUAAAA